AUGGGGGAGAUGGAGCAGUCUUUGGAUUCAGACGUCGAAGUGCCGCUGAACAGCGAGACGUUCUCUGCAUUGUGGGACACGAUUCAGAACAGCCAUGACAUGUUUAACCCGUGCAUGGCUUUGCCUAUCCACUUGGAGCUGCAACCCCCAGAGAGGUUUCCUUGUCCGCAGUUCUUACAGGAAGGGGGCAGCAGCGGACUGGGGGAUGGCAGAGAGGGGGCCCCCACCCCGGACGCAACAGUUUUCGCCACCUCCUCCACCGUCCCCUCCACCGAAGACUAUGCGGGGGCUCACUCUUUCGAGCUGAUGUUUGAGCAGUCAGGAACAGCCAAGUCUGUGACUUGUACGUACUCGGAAGAUCUCAAUAAGCUUUUCUGCCAGAUCAGCAAGACCUGCCCCGUCCUGGUGAAGGUCUCUUCCUGCCCCCCUCCUGGCUCCGUCAUCCGGGCCAUGGCUGUCUACAAGAAGUCGGAGCAUGUGGCCGACGUGGUGAAGCGCUGCCCGAACCACGAGCGUUCCUUGGAAUUCAGAGAAAAAGGGAUCCCAGUUCAGCACCUAAUUCGCAUCGAAGGGAACAAAAACGCCCAGUACCACUCUGACGAGACCACCGAGCGCCACAGCGUUGUGGUUCCUUAUGAAGCGCCGCAGGUUGGGUCGGAGUGCAGCACCGUCCUCUACAACUUCAUGUGCAAUAGCUCCUGCCCGGGGGGCAUGAACCGGCGCCCCAUCCUCACCAUCAUCACACUGGAAUCUCAACAAGGGCAGCUGCUCGGCCGCCGCUGCUUCGAAGUCCGGGUUUGUGCCUGCCCUGGCCGGGACCGCAAGACGGAGGAAGAGAACUUCCAUAAAGCCACUCGUGGGGAACGGUCCAAAAAGGGGGCUCCAGGCAAGAACGGGUCCGAGAAGAAGCCCACUGCGGGGACCUCCAGCAAUACUGAAGGCACCUACAACCUCGAGAUCAAGGGAUGGGACCGGUUUAUCAUGUUUAAGAAGCUGAACGAAGCCCUGGAGUUCAAAGACGCACAGGAGAGCCUCAAACCAGGGAAAGGGACCUCGAAGAUCCGGAAGCGGAGCAGAGUACCCGUGCCGUGCAGCGGGAAGAGGCUGAUGCUGAAGCACGAGGCGGGAGGGUCGGACUAG